UCCAAGGCGUCCACGAAUGCUGAUCGCGACGUUAUUUUACGGUGUCAGUUUUCAUAAAUGUUCAGCUGACUGUUUCCUUUCUAAUUUAUCGUUUGGUUGCUUUUUAUUAAAAUAACAGAAAGUUAUCUGUUUUGGCUUGUUUGUUGCAUACCCUGCAAGUGCUUUACACUGAUUCAAGUUGAGGGGCCCUCGCAGCAGUAAUGUCGACGACACGACACAGUCAGCGCGUUAAGCAUCAGCCAAAGCGUUUCGAGGAUCUGCCUGAACCGCAACCAUCCACCUCCUCACAGCCGCCCGUCAGCCCCGAGCAGAAGUCCACCGCGAAACGUGGCCGCAAGCGCAAGGAGCGGUAUUCCGUAAGUGAGGAUGAUUUCACGUUUGAACGUCUUUUGGACUAUCCCUCGGAUCAGAGUCCCAGCACGGGACCCACCGUACAAACCUGGAAGAAAGCCGUGGACGAAGUGUCCAAGACGAUUAUUUUCUAUCAGCUGGAUCUGCGCUCGGAAUUCCCUGGCAUUUCGCGCUGCGUUCGGAUACGUCCGGAGUCAGGGGAUGCCAAUGCGGGAUUGCCUGCGACAGGCAAACCCAGUCUAGUGGCGUCGAUUUUCAUGGGUGACUACGAUCUGGGCACGGAGCCCGUUUCGAGUCUGCUGGAUAAGGAUAAUAUUACGACGGAAUCCGAGUUUCAGAAAGUGCUGGAAUUUAUCGGCAGCAUGCCUGUUGUUAGAAAUAAAACCGGGAUAAAAAGAAGGGAUAUGGAAGCGGUUCCGGAGCAGCCUGUGCAAACUGCCGCUCCAGUGGUAUACCGCACCAUUGUCAGACGAUCUGGCAGAUCGCAACAGAAUCUUUCUAAAGUUUGUGAUCCGCCCGUGGAAGCAGACCUUAAUGGAUCUACUGUAGUGGUAGAAACGGAAACGCUCGGCGAUACCGAAGAGAAGGCCGGCGAAGAAGCGGUAAAUUUCUACUGGAAACAUCCCGGCCCUGAGCAGACGCAGUUGCUGGAUAACCAUGAUGUUUAUGUCAAAAACUCCGUUCUGGAUGAUCUCAAACGCAGUCUGUCUACAGCCAAUAUUAGCAGUCCGACAGCCUGGAAGAGUUAUGCAUGGAAUUUAACCCUGCACCUACUGGGCGAUGCCGAAGGUGUCGCCAAAUUGAAACGCAGCGGAAAGAAAUUAAUGGUCGAUCAGUUAUUAGAUGCGUUUUGUGUGGAAGCUAUCAUUGAACAUGUACGGAAUGUUUGUGGACCCGCCGUCGACGAUUUAGAAGAUAGCUACAAGCGCUACUGCAAUGGUUUGUUCCAGCAGCUCGGAAUGCAGCGGAAGCCGAGAGCGACUCGACCGAACACAAGAGCUAGAUAUAUCAUUCCUGCUCCUGUAAAAGAAGCAUCUACCAACACCCAGCCCUCGCCUGCGGAUGUACUCAUUCCACAAGAGUUGGAGAUUUUGGGCACUUUGCAGGGCAAAGCUUUAUGCCCAAUCAAAGAGUGCUCUGCUCGGAAGUACGCUGUGGCCGAUUUAAAUUUCCUGAGACGCCAUUUCCAGCAAGUCCACGCACAUGCCUACCCGUCGCCUUCGUUUACUUUACUUUGCCCGGUGGCCGAAUGCGCAACAACGUUCGGGACAUCUAUGGAAGCCUUCCGUGAACACUUGGCAAAUGACCACCUUCGACCAUCAAGCAAUGGCAAUACCACUGUCAGUGUCUCUGACAACGCAUUUCCUUCCGGAAUUGUGGAGCAGCCACAUGACCAAGUGGCCGAAAGUGAUACCACGGUGGAGACUGUAGCCAUUGAGGCGUAGCGAACGAUGCGCUGUUAUUAACUGUUUUUCUUGUUUGAAUAGGUUUGCUGUAUGGGUACAUUCGUACCUUCUACGGGUUUUAUGUUCAAGAUUUCCACUAAUUAAUUUCGAUCAAGUUUGUUUACUAAUGCAUCAUCUGUUCUUAUCUGUGCCACAACAAAAUUAUUUAUACGAGUGCAACAAAAAUAAUCG